AUGGCAAUGUUUGCAAUAAAACAGAAGAAAAGAUGUACAGAGACAGCUAAGGAGCAAAAAAUAUGCCUUGAAUAUAGACGUAACCAACAGAAAAAAAUAGAGAUGCAGAAACUAUUGAAGAAAAGAAAGCAAAAAAUGAACAUAGGUGCAACCAAUGAAAGAGAAAAGUGGAUUCAAAAACUAAUGAAGAAUGAGAAGAACAUCUUGCACAUAACCAUAAUUGAAAACAUAAGGGAAAGGAAAGAUAAUGAUAGAGAAUCUACAAGUAAAGAAAAAAAAAAUGUAAGACCUUGUAAAUCUCAACUUUCAGAAUCUAAUAAAAAACUUUUAAAUACUUUUUGCAACAAAAUGACAAUAAUCAAAAAUGAGCUAUGUCUGACAUGUCAUGAACAGUUUCCAUUUAUUAUCCUUUAUCAAGAAGAUGUAUCUCAAGAACUUCAAGGUCUUACUAAUAUUGAAGAGAUGUUGAUUGCACAGGUUUUCUCUAUUGUAUCAGUUUAUAAUCUUCAUAGAGGACAGUACGCAUAUCGAGGAAACAUCAUUAAUUUCCCUCAAGAUUUACAAGGUUUUGUAACUUGCCUUUCACAUCAUCUAUCAUCAUUAAGCAUGCUUAUUAUACAAUAG